UGUAGCCCAGAUUGGUCUUGAACUAAUGACCCUCCUGCUUCAGCCUUCUGAGUGCUGAGAUUGUCGAUGUGUACUACCACACCUGGAUCUCCUAGAAAUUUUUUGACUGUAUUGUUUGGGCUGUGUGUCUUGGUUACUAAUUUUUUUUUUUUUUUAACCUCCAGUUUAAGCUAUGAAGAAGGACACCCUUCCCAGUCUGAACCAGAUCUCCUUCAGAGACAGUCAUUUGGAGCCUCUCAUCAGCUUCCUGGAUAUGCCCCCACACCUCAACCCACUGGUCUUUCGGGAAUAUUCGAUACUAGUGUGAACAGUGCCAGCACUAACACUAAAGAAUCUUCCGUGAUGAAUUUCCUUUCCUCUGUUGAGUCCCGCACAGCUCAGGCUGCUUCUUCAGGAACUACUCUUUUACCACAAUUCAGGGCUCCAUCCUGGCAGACAGGCAUGCAUUCCUCAGCAGCAACUGAGCUGUUUGUUACUGGACCUUUGCCCACCACUGGAACACUUGCACCGUCUACCCUCUCUGCUUAUCAGCAUCCCGCCACCUUUAACAAUAGAAACUUUGCUACAACCUCACCUUUGGUGCUUCAGGAUUCAACUUUUAACACUACAUCAAAUGGAAUUUUAAAUCCUCAUGACCCUUUGCUACAGAUUAAGACUUCCCAGGGAACUGUCCCAACUGCUUUGGCAUUUGAGCGCCUGGGCAGUUCUGCAUUAAGUAACAGCAUACCACCUCAGUCUUCAACAUAUCGCUCAGCUCAAGAGUCUGCACCCCAUCUUUUACAACCUCAAUUUAGUUUGUUGCCUUCAGCACUUGGGGGAGCCCAGCAAACUCCUCAAGGCUACAAUUCAACUCUCUUUACUAGUUCUGCUUCCAUUGAAAGAGCUCUUCUUCGAGAAUGUAGUGUUAUUAAACACCAUCAGCGGCCUUCAGGUACCCAACUGACUGGUUCACAGCAUUCCUUACAUAGUUAUCUAUCAAAUGCAAGUGUAAUUAAUUUUCAGGAAACAUCCAGGCAGUCAUCUUUACCUUGUAGCCCAAUUGGAGAGUCUACUCAGGUGAGCAAUGGAGGAUUACAACAGAAAACACCCCAGGUCUCAGUGGAACUUGCUCAGUCUUACUCAUCUGCAAUAACAUCAUCAGGGUAUCCUUCUUCUACUCUUAAAGUAGACAGCUGUUCUACAAAACAACCACUAACAUCAACUAAGAGCCCAAAAUCUCAGAGUAUAAUUCCUCCUGUGCAAACACUAAGCUAUUCCAAACCUUUACAUAACCAGAGUUCUGUAAUAUCAGGCCAAGCACAAAUUUAUUCUACAGCACAGCUACCCAGCCUUUUAUCAGUUAGUCAGUCCCAAAAUUACGGUUUAGUACAGCCACAUAAUGUGCCAUCUAUUGUUCAUUCACAGGUUUAUAGGUCCAGCAGGGUUGAGAAAUUGCCAUCCUUAUAUAAAACAUUGACUUUUUCUGGGUCAUCUCAGCCCAUAACUUCUCAAAAUCAGACACUGAGUUAUUCAUCCAGUCAGCAAGAAGUGUUAUCUUCAGUUGCAAGUGAGAAUUACCCUGCCCAAACAAGAGAUCUGUGUUCAGUCAGUCAGUCUCAAAGUUACUCAUCUGGUCACUCUCAGGGUUUAUCAUCAGUUAGCCAGACACAGGUCAGUUAUUCAUCUCAAUCACAAGUUUUAUCAGUUGUUAGUCCUUCAGAAAGCUAUGUGUCAGGACAGCCCCUUACAUUAACAGCCCCUUCUCUUUCUUACUCUUCUGCUUCUCGGGCUGAGAACUUGCCAGAUUCUAGCCCAACCCAAAAUUACAUUUCUAUGCAUUCUUCCCAAAAUGCCCAGACUCAAGGAUCAUCAUCUCCCCCAUCCCAAAAGUUUUUGCCUGGUGUGCAGUCAUCAUCUUUUGCAUCCUCUACUCAUUGUCAGAAUAACAUACCUUCCCCUGAUCCAAAGUCUUACGCUGAAAGAAAACUUGACUCAAAUGUGUAUACAUCUUCAAAGGAAGAAGAUGAGUUUCCAAUGCAAGAGUUACAGGCAUUGCAACCACAGGCAUCUCUUGAAUCAUCAAGCCAAAGGCUACCUGAUGGGGAAAUUAAGUCUCAAGAAUCAGUUUAUAAGUCAUCAAAGACUGAUGACAGAUACUCUCAAAGUGUAAUCAGAAGCAAUUCCCAUCUUGAAGAUCAAGUUGUUGGGAUUGCUCUACAAGGGUCAAAUAAAGAAGAAAACAUGAUUGGCUCAGUUACACAGCUUAACCAACAAGUUGGCCAAACCAAAAAUACAGCAACCCCUGAUAUUAAGAAGGCAACUAAUUUAAUGCAAACUCCACAAAUAAGGUUGAGUACUAAAGACCCAAACCGGCAGCAUUCUCUUAUACAUAAGGUACAUGAAGCCAAGGCCCAGGAACAGCAUGAUCAAAUAAUUAAUGCCUCAUCUCAGAUUCAAAUUCCAAAUCAUGCUUUAGGGCACGGCCAUCAGACAUCUCUUCCCAGUACACAGGUCCUUUUAGAAUCUGCCUGUGAUUUACAGAUUCUUCAGCAGUCCAUGCUUCAGGCAGGUUUAGGACAAGUUAAAGCAUCUUUACAAGUACAGCGUGUUCAGAGUCCUCAACAAAUAGUACAUCCUUUUCUUCAAAUGGAUGGCCAUAUUAUUCAGACCAAUGGUGAUCCCUCUCAGCAGCAGAUCCAUCCUCAGAAUCCUGAAAUAUUGAAAAUAGACCUCUCCGAAUCUUCAAAACCAUUACAACAACAUCUAACAGCAAAGGGUCAUUUCACUGAAACAAAUCAACAUGAUUCCAAGAGUCAGUUUGUUUCUCUUGGAUCAAUAUGUUUCCCAGAGGCAAUGCUUCUCAGUGAUGAAAGAAAUAUUUUAUCCAAUGUAGAUGAUAUCUUAGCAGCUACAGCAGCAGCUUGUGGGGUUACACCUUCUGAUUUUUCGAAGUCAACCUCAAAUGAUACCGUGCAGGCUGUUGAAGGUGGUAAUUCUAAAUCUCAUUUUCAGCAGUCACUAGAUGUCAGGCAUGUAACUUCAGAUUUUAACUCCAUAACAGCCACAGUAGGAAAGCCACAGAAUAUAAAUGAUAUUUCCUUAAAUGGAAAUCAGGUUACUGUAAACCUUUCACCAGUACCUACCCUUCAGUCAAAAAUGACUCUUGACCAACAGCAUAUUGAAACACCUAGUCAAAAUAUGGCAACUAAAGUGACUUCUGCAGUAGUUGGGCCAAGUCAUGAAGUCCAGGAGCAAAGUUCUGGCCCAUUCAAGAAACUGUCCACUACCAAUCAUGAGUCUGAAGAAGACAGUGAGGUUCCUCUUGAUAAUACAUUAAGUAAUAACCGAAACCAAGAGUUUGUUUCUAGUAGUAGGAGCAUAAGUGGAGAGAGUGCUACAUCAGAGAAUGAAUUUACCUUGGGGAGUGAUGACAGUAGUAUGUCAAUGAACCCUAAUAGGAGUGCCCUUGCACUGUUGGCCAUGGCUCAGUCUGGUGAUACAGCCAGUGCCAAGAUUGAAGAAGAAAGCCAAGAUUUAAUAAAUUUUAACCUUCCAAAGAAAAAACCUAAAGGAAAAGGGCAAGUUAAAGAAGAAGAAAAUAGUAAUCAAAAACAGCUGAAAAGACCCGCCCAAGGCAAACGCCAGAAUCCUAGGGGAACAGAUCCGUAUUUACCAUAUACUCCACCUUCCUCAGAAAGCUGCCACGAAGGUUAUCAGCAUCAAGAAAAAAUGAGGCAGAAGAUAAAAGAAGUAGAAGAAAAACAGCCAGAAGUCAAGACAGGAUUUAUUGCUUCUUUCUUAGAUUUUUUGAAAUCUGGGCCUAAGCAGCAGUUUUCCACACUUGCUGUCCGAAUGCCUAACAGGACCAGACGACCCGGGACCCAGAUUGUCCGUACGUUUUGUCCUCCACCACAUCCAAAGACUUCAUCCACAGCACCCACACGUUUAGUGUCUGAAACUGGGAGUGUCAGUCCAUCAGAAAAAGUCGAUAAUGAGCUUAAAAACUUGGAACAUUUCUCUUCAUUUUCUUCUGAUGAGGAAGAUCCUGGAGUUUGCAGUCAUGAUGUCUAUAAAAGCAUCUCUACUUCCCUGUCUUCAUCGGAUGUUACUUCUGAUAAAACAAAGAAAACAGUUUUAGAGGCCACGCCUGGGGCAACUCCUGGCCCAUCUGCCAGUACUACUGGUACUACUACUGUUUCCUCCGCCACUGUUGGUGCAGUUAAACAAGACACUCUCCACUCUACUUCAUCUGCAGUAAACAUUCUGGAAAAUAUAAACUCCACAGAACCGCCAAAACCAAUUGGACUUGAUGGUCUUCCUUCAGAGCAGUUUGCAAAGGGACAGGACACUGUUGCCAUAGAAGGUCUUACAGAUGAGGAGAACACAGAAAGUGGUGGAGAAGGCCAAUACAGAGAGCGUGAUGAAUUUGUGGUAAAGAUAGAAGACAUAGAGACAUUUAAGGAAGCCUUAAAAAUAGGAAAAGAACCCCCAGCUAUUUGGAAAGUACAAAAAGCUUUAUUACAGAAAUUUGUUCCUGAAGUUCGAGAUGGGCAAAGAGAAUUUGCUGCUACAAAUAGUUACCUUGGAUAUUUUGGAGAUGCAAAGACUAAAUAUAAAAGGAUAUAUGUGAAGUUCAUUGAAAAUGCAAACAAAAAGGAAUACGUCAGAGUAUGUUCCAAAAAGCCAAGAAAUAAGCCUUCACAGACCAUCAGAACUGUUCAGGCUAAGCCAAGUAAUAGCAGUAAAACUUCUGAUCCUCCAACAUCAAAAACUGCAACUACAAAAGCCCCUUCCAUGAAACCCAAACUUAAACAGUUGAAAAUAAAGGCUGAGCCACCACCAAAGAAACGGAAGAAAUGGAAAGAAGAAUUUUCAUCUUCACAAUCUGACUCAUCUCCUGAAGUCCAUUCUAGCAGUAGUGAUGAUGAGGAGUUUGAUCCUCCAGCUCCCUUUGUCACACGAUUUCUGAACACAAGAGCAAUGAAGGAAACUUUUAAGAGUUAUAUGGAGCUGCUUGUUAGCAUCGCCCUGGAUCCCGACACCAUGCAAGCCUUAGAGAAGAGCAAUGAUGAGCUACUUUUACCUCAUAUGAAAAAAAUAGAUGGCAUGCUAAAUGAUAACCGAAAAAGACUUCUUUUGAAUCUUCAUUUGGAUCAGUCAUUCAAGAAUGCUUUGGAAAGUUUUCCUGAACUAACAAUAAUUACUCGAGACUCUAAAACAAAAAAUGGAGGAUCUGCUAUUUCUAAAAUCAAAAUGAAUGGCAAAGCUUAUAAUAAGAAAACUCUAAGGACUUCUAAAUCAAUCACUAAAUCUGCACAGGAGUUUGCUGUUGAUCCAGAGAAAAUACAGUUGUAUUCUUUGUAUCAUUCACUCCAUCAUUAAUACCAUGUUUAUCUGAUAUGUAAGGAUGAGAUUUCUUCUGUGCAGAAAAAAAAUGAAGAUUUAGGACAGGAGGAAAUUGUUCAACUUUGUAUGAAAAAUGUAAAAUGGGUGGAGGACCUAUUUGAAAAAUUUGGAGAACUUCUAAAUCACGUACAGCAGAAAUGUUCCUAACAUGUACACAAAAAUUCCCCUUUUUUAUAGCACUAAUGAAAUGGCAGAGGGGGUGGUCACAGAUAAUCAAUCACAUGUCUCCUGCAGGAAUGCCCACUUCCAGCAAACACUUUCACAAGUACCUCUGCUAAGGAGAGUGGUGCUACCAUGACAUCAGUCCUUAGAAACUUAAUCCCACCACAUUUUUAUUCUGAUGAAUGAUUUUUCUAUUUCAUAAACCAUUGGGUAACUGAGUUUUAUUUUCAGAAAUGUUUUUUGACAAAUGAUGAAGCAUGCACUAAUAUAAUCUUUAUUGCUAGAGUAAUAACACUUAAAUAACUUGAUUUUUUUUUUUUUUUUCUGAUUCUGGCU